UUAAUCUGGCAACGUCAAAAUUUUGACAAUCUGAAAUUUCGUAAAUAAAGGACAUGCAUGUUUAUGUUUAUUUAAAUGAAGCUUAUUUUUUUGUAGUUAAUCAUAUACAUUUCUUAUGAUUUCACUUUUAAUUACUAUAUGUAUGUCUAAUGGCUACAUUAAGUCAUCAUCCUAUUUAUGCAUUUACUAUCAUAUCAUUUCUGUGUGUGAUAAUCACAGUUGAAGGACAAAUAGAAUUAUGUCAUGACGUUUAUGCUCCUUUUUUACAACAUGAAGUGCAAGAUAACUGCACCUUAGUCUGCACUCUAAAGUUACAACAUGCUGUUUCGAAUGUUCAUGAUGAUGAACUUGCCUUGUGUGUAAAAAAUUCUUCCAUUGCUAUUUUUUGUACAAAUCAUGGGGAUUGUCGUCAUUAUCAUGUUGGAGCUUAUUGUAAAAUGAUCCCUUGUUUCUGCAGAAGUAGAGAUGGAAAAUCUGAGUUCUUUGUUUUAGAUGCAUUUAAAAUUCCACGAUUACACACUUGUGUUGUUUCUGCCAGGUAUGUGAAUCCAGAAUUGCCAAUUAUACCUUUUCCUUGGAAAACUUUGCUCAUAGUAUUCACUAUCAUCAUCACAUUUUUGCUGUGUUUGGUGGCUAUCAAGUGUUUAUCUAAAAGGAUAAGAAAAUGGCAGGCAAAACGUAUAAGGGGUGAUGCUAGGCAACGAAUGACAACUGAAGAUAAUGCCACUUUAUUCACUCAAUCAAAUCCUAAUGCCCAUAUCCAGAAUGAAUAUUCAACACCAUUUACUACAUAUUUUCCUCGAGGCAUGCCACGUAUAUACAGAGCUAAUCCUCGAAGCUCACAGCACAGAGUUCGUCAAAUGCAGAGAGCACAUUAUACAGCUUGUGCGCAAGCAGAAACUUCUUUAUGUGAUACACUUUCAAAUCAAGAUAAACCUCCACCCUAUGAAGCUGCAGUACAGGCACUGCCUCCAAGUUAUGAAGAUGUUGAACGUGCACUCCAUGAAGAAGAAAGAGUGGAAAUCCAUACACAACCCAUAAGAUCAUCAACAUUACCACCCAUGCCAUGAGCUAACACAUUUUCUAUACAUUUUAAAUGCUGAAAAACGAACAUAUACUGUUAAAUAUUGGAAGGAUUUUUCUUAAUCCUUACCUGAAUCAUCUGUGAUGUUAUUAAGGACAAGGGGUUUUAGAAAUUAUGUUUGUUGUUGUUGUUGUUAUCCCCCUUUUUGAUAUAUUUGUUAUUUCCUUGUACGAAUAGUUAUCACAAAAUUAAUUUUUUUAAACUUUUUUUUACAUUUCUUUUAAUAGUAAAAGCGAAUAGGUCUGAAAUGAGGAUUAUUUAUAAUACAUAUUGAUAACAGUUUUGUUUUUAGUUAAAAAUUUACCAAUUGCUUAAGUAACAGCUUAGUAGUUCCUAUUUUUUGUAGUAAAUUUUGCAAUUCAUCAUUCCCUUUCUUAUUCAUUGAAUGUGAUUUUACAUAUAACUGAUUAUGCUUUAAAAGUUUUAUAAUUUCUUAAUCAGAUUUUUUUAUAGAUAGAUUUAUCUAUUUCCAAACGCUGUCUGUUUUUUUUUUAAAAUUUUAUUUACUCUGAAUUCUUUUUGAUAUUCAUAGUUUGUGAAUAUAAAAAUAAUAAAAUUAAAUGAUUAAAAUGUCUUAAAUUAUAAAAGGAUGAGUUAUUAGCGGUAUAGACUUUUGCAUUAUAUUUUAGUUUUAUAAGCAAAUUUUUGUCAGUUAUUUUAUUAAAGAGUGUGAAAAAAAAUGAAUACAAGUCCACAUAUCCCUUUAAAAAGAGCUUUGGAUUUCUAAAAUCUCAUUUAAUAGAAUAAAUUGAAUUUGUUGCAUAUCUACUUAUAAAGACUUUUAAAAUACAAUAAAUUUUAGUUAGUAAAAGCUGGGAUUUGUGCUGAAAGCUGAAUAGGUUCAUUUCUGGCAAGUCAAAACCUUAGAAAUUAAAUAGUAAGUGAUAAAGAAGAAGAAAUAUAAUAGAUGGAAUAAUAUAAUUUAAUAAUAUUAUGCUAAAUAUUAACUAUCUUUUUUAAAUUAUAAUGAUAAUUGUGAGCUUGUCAUAUUUUGUAUUUAUCUUUAUACAUUUUAUAAAUUGAAUAUUUAAUAGAUUGUGUGUUUUAAACUGGCAUGUUUUUUGCAAAAUUUAAAAUUCUUCUAUUUUAUAGUAUAAAGCAUUGUAAAUGGUUAAAAAAGUUUUUUUUUCUCUAUUAAAUUAUUACAUCGCAUAAGUUUUUAUUACAUGUUUUUAAAUCUAUACUCAGUGCAUAGUUUAUUAUAAACCUCUCUAAAGCAAUAACUGUACAUGUGAUAAUCUUCUAUUGCAUUUAUUUUCGAUUUGCAUUCACCUUUACCUGUGUAUUUCUCUGCACAUGCUUAGUCAGUAAGUUUUAUAUUUUCUAGGCUUUGUCUAAAUUAUAUUAAGAAUUUUUGUUUUCUCUUUUUAAUUUCAAUCAAAUUGACUGAAUAACCUUUAAAUACAAAUUUACAAUACAGUUUCUGAUAAAAAAAUAAUUAAACUUUUAUAUAUUUAAUAAAAAAAUUGUUUUAAUUUAUUGGCACAUUGAAAUUUAAAAAUUCAAUUGCCGUAAAAUUAAACUUAGUCUACAAUUGUUGAAAGAUAAUGGGCAAAAAGUUUAUGCUCAAGUUUUAUAGAGAUGAAGAUGCUGGAAUAUUCCAGAUUAAAGUUUCAUUUCAUAAACCCAGUGUGGAAUUUAAGUUAUUUUAACACAAUUUCAAAUGGCUUUUAUGUAAAAAAAAUCUUCAUUAGAAUUAUGGAUACUUGACCUAAGAGCUCCUGUGUCUUCUAAAUUGGACUCAGAAUUACAAAGUUUGGAAAGACAGAAUUAAAUGACACUGAUAUUUACUGAUAGCGAAUAAAUAUUUUUAUUUUUAUUCUUUAAAUAAAGAGCUACUCAUGACCUCCUUAUCAUGUUUUUUUGAAUUUUAAAUGCAAAACGAAUUUAAAAUUAAAUGUUUUUUUUUUUUAAGGUUUGGUGGUUUUUUUUAUCAGGAAAAGAAUGUGUGACUCAGGCUUGAGUUGGAAAAAUAAUUUAUUAAAUAUUCUGUAAGCAGCUGAGAAUUUGAGCAAUAAACCUUGGUCAUAUGUAUUAAAAUGCUAUAUGAAUAAAUUAAAAAAAUUACCAAAAAUGAGAGAAAUUUAAUGGGAAAUAGGUACUUGACAUAGUUUGUAAAUGCCUUUUGUAUACUCUCUAGACAAAUCUUAGACAUAUAAGUACUACAAAAAUUUGCAAUGAUUGGCAUUGUGGAACUUUUUAAGAUGAUAUUGCAAUUUUCUAUUUCAGGUACAUUUUAUUUUUAUUCCUUUUAAUAGGGAUACAUUUUCUAAAAAUAAGCUUGUAUGUAUAUAAUAUUGGGAUUUCAUUGCAUAUAAAACUACAAAGUUUGUAACCUAUGCAAUAUAUCUAAGCCAACAGCAUAAAAUUUAUCUUUUAAAAAUGAUUUUAUUAAUAAUUUUUUGCGCCAUAUUUAGAAAUCCGUCAUUUUGCUUAGAAUUAUAAUGUGUGUAUCUAUUUAAAUAAUUAGUUUUUUUUUUCUUCUUACUAGUUAUUUAAAAAACAGAUGCAUGGUGUGGCAGAAAACAUAUUUAAAUAGCAUUAAUUUAUUUAGCAUUCCACAUCGAAUUUAGUUCAAGUAAUUAUUUGUAACUAAUAUUUAUUUGAACAUUAAAACUUACAUUCCUUAAAGCUAAGUCAUUAUGCUGUUAAGUAUUACUUUAGUUUCAUUAUAUUUUAUUUUCCGCCAAGAUUAUGUUCAUUUUUAUCGAAAUUCUUUAAAAGAUAUAAUUGACAAGCAUUUUUAAUUUAUUGAAGAAAAAAAAAAAGAAACAUUUAACCCAAUGUUUAUUCGAAUCAUAUUUUUGAAAAAAAAAAAAGUUUUAUUUCUGGGGUAUUGUAACGUAGCUUCAAUGUUGCAAUAAUUUUUAUUUAUGUGUUUGAUCUGAAAUGAAACAUUAAUGUUUAGAAUCGUGUGUUUCAUAUUGUAAGAUUAUGUCAUUUAAAGCCAGAAACGACCAAAAUUAUAUUGAGUUGGGUUGUGACAGUAUUUGUCUUAAAAAUUACUAAUUGUGUAUGCAAGUUUAAUUCCAACCUUUUUGUAUGUAUAAAAUUACGUAUAUUUCCUGGAAUGUAUCUUUUUUUAACUAUGUGUAGUGGUGAGCUGUAAAAAUAUUAACGCUGCUAUUUUGUGUAGAAUUGGAUGUCUUUAGUUAAACUUCAAAGUAAUUAAGUGGCAACUUUUUUUCCAUCAAAAUACUUUAAUAGAAAACUAUAAAGAACAGGACUUCAUGUAAUACUCUUUCAUAUUAAACAUAUCUAUAUGGUUGCUAGAACAAUAGCACUGAUGUUUUUUAAAUUACCUACAGUGCAUUUAUAGAAAUUUAAAACUCCAACAAUCUUCAAGAACACCUAAAGACAGUGAGUAGGGCUGUAGUGGUAGGGUUGAGAGGCAGGAGUGCUCCUCUCAAGAUCAAAAAAUUGGUGAACUUAUCUGUAUUGACUAUGAUUCUGCAGUUAACACAAUUAAAUCUUUUUCCAGUCUAGAAAGUCUUGAAAAUGGGCUUCUAUUUUUGAGUGCAUAUGGCAAAUGAUAUUUCCAUUUUGUGUAUUUUUGAAGCAAAUGAAGUUUUUAAUCAAGUAAUUAGUUAAAUAGUUGCAUUUUAGAGUCUUCAAUGCUAACAUACUGUUCUUAAAGCUUUUGAAUAUAUCAUUCAUUUUACUUAUUUUUUUAUUUGUGAUAUUAAGUUAUAUUCUAUCAAAGCCGUUUAUUGUUUAAAUUUCUUCCAGUGAAAA